AUGCGGACAGUCUCUGUGCAAAUCGUGUUUGCCCCAGACAUAUGCUCGCAAGGGCAUCUCCUUCCCGGGACCGCUGCCAGGCGGGAGGGGUUUGCCUGUCCCUACGACGAGUGCGGGAGAGAGCAUGCGAGGGCGGAUUGCGCCCCGGACGUCGCCCUCGAGAACAUCAUGGACCAGGGACGCGUGGAGAUUGAAAAGAAACUCCGAGAGGGUGGUGGACCCCUACCUCACGUGGCGGACCAGCUGCUAGUGUCCGCUUAUUCCAGUGCGGUGUCCGGGGAUCUGAAAUUUAACUUUGGCCGCAGCGGUUUUUUCGGUGAUGCACGCGACAAAGAUUUUGCCGUGCCCACCGCCACCGCCGACACCGCCCACGACGCCGCGUCGGAUGACUUGGUUGGGAACCACGACCAUGACGUCGGCGGUGCCCCCAAAACCGCCACAUCCUUCACAGUGGCUUCCGGUACCACUUUUUCCAGUGCCUUGCACACCGCAGUCGCUGCCGAUGCGCAAGAUGCAUCAGCGGCUUGUGACGGCACACCCAGCGUCGGUGCCCAAUCACUCAUGUCCAGCGUAAUUGGCGCCAUGAGAAGUGAGGCCGACUGCAAGGUCUGCUAUGCCAUCUUCGACGAUCCCGUGACCACCGCUUGCGGCCACACGUACUGCCGCCUCUGCCUACAGCGGUCCCUCGACAUCCACCCCUCCUGUCCUCUAUGCCGCCGAAACUUGUCCGCCAACACCUACUUUCGCACCGAGUCAUCUCCGACCAAUGAAAGGCUAGGCCUCAUCCUAGAGACUCUCUGGCCCGAACAGGUGCAAUCCCGUCGCGAUGUAGCAAAGGAGGAGGCAGUCGCGCGCGAGGCGGAAGCCCAGCACGACGUGCCCAUCUUUGUCUGCACGGUAUCCUUGCCCACCAUGCCUACGGUUCUACACAUCUUUGAGCCAAGGUACCGUCUCAUGAUUCAGCGCGCCAUGCAGGGCAACCGGAUUUUUGGUAUGGUGCUGCCACGAGAGACCAUCCGGAGCGUCGAGCCUAACGGCAACGAGAGCCUCCCUUUUGCCGAACUCGGCACCCUCCUGCGGAUUAAGAAUGUUAGGGUGUUCCCCGACGGUAGGAGCCUCGUGGAGGCCACCGGCAUGUCGCGAUUUCGCAUCGUGGAGCACUCCUUGCUAGAUGACUACAUUGUCGCCCGCGUCGAACGGAGCGGUGGGUGCGUUGUUCUCUGA